CGCCGGUUGCAAGUUUGGUGGGACUCAGUGGGAAGCUGUUGCCACGUCGGAGUAGUUUGCGGGGUACCGGAUUAAUUCAAUUUAAGAAAGCAUAAGUAACACAUUUCUGGAGUGUUCCCCUUUAUCUGCAGUCAUGGUUUCCGUUAUUAACACGGUGGACACCUCCCACGAGGACAUGAUCCACGAUGCCCAGAUGGACUACUACGGCACUCGUCUGGCCACCUGUUCCUCCGACCGAACUGUCAAGAUCUUUGAUGUUCGGAAUGGAGGACAGAUCCUGGUCGCAGACCUUAGAGGCCAUGAGGGCCCCGUGUGGCAGGUCGCCUGGGCUCACCCAAUGUUCGGCAACAUCUUGGCUUCUUGCUCCUACGAUCGCAAAGUCAUCAUCUGGAAGGAGGAGAACGGAGCCUGGGACAAGAUGUACGAGUACACCGGACACGAGUCUUCAGUGAACUCGGUCUGCUGGGGUCCCUAUGACUUUGGUCUGAUCUUGGCCUGUGGCAGCUCAGAUGGAGCGAUUUCCCUCCUCACCUUCACUGGAGACCAGCAGUGGGACAUCAAGAAGAUCAGUAACGCGCACACUAUUGGCUGUAACGCAGUGAGUUGGGCUCCUGCUGUAGUUCCAGGCAGUCUGAUCGAUCAGCCGUCAGGACAGAAACCAAACUACGUCAAACGCUUCGUGUCCGGAGGCUGCGACAACCUGGUCAAACUGUGGAAAGAGGAGGACGGUCAGUGGAAGGAGGAUCAGAAGCUCGAGGCUCACAGUGAUUGGGUGAGAGACGUCGGUUGGGCUCCUUCUAUUGGUCUUCCCACCAGCACCAUUGCCAGCUGCUCUCAGGACGGUCGUGUUUUUAUCUGGACCUGUGAUGACCCUGCAGGCAACACCUGGACGGCUAAACUCCUCCACAAGUUCAACGAUGUGGUGUGGCAUGUCAGCUGGUCCAUCACUGGGAAUAUCCUGGCUGUUUCUGGAGGAGACAACAAGGUGACGCUGUGGAAGGAGUCGAUGGACGGUCAGUGGGCGUGCAUCAGUGAUGUCAGCAAAGGCCAGGGCGCCGUGUCCACCAUCACAGACACACAGCAGAACGAGCAGUGACACACACAUGAACACACAUUACAGCGACCCCUGACCCCGAGACGUCGACCCCCGGUGUUGAGAUGAAUUCAUCAACAUGCUGGACGUCUGGACUGACAAGACGUCCACAGUGACUGAGCUCAGUCUGUCUGUCUUAAAAUGUACCAGAAUAAAUCUUUCUAAAUGUCCUCCUUGGCUGUUCAACGAUGGAGUCUCUACUUUGUUCUGAUGAUGUUUAGAAAUACUUUUUAAUCCGACACACUCCACUGUUUCUGUUCAAGAUUCUUCAGGUCAUAGUUUCCACAUGUUCAUGAACGCUGGUAAGCAUAAAAUGUAAAACAAGACAUCUCUCUGUAUGCCCAUCCUCCGCUCCCAUGAUGCUUUGCUCCUGAUACAUUCCACCUCCACCAGCGGAGAAACCAAGCAUCUCCCGGAUCAUCCAGCAUCCUCAGUCUGUCUCGUUAACUCUUUAUUUACAGAAGCAGCUUCACGUUUCAGGAUGUCAACAUAAAGAGAGUGGCUUAAUGGUUUCAGAUUAAUAAGACAAUGACUGACUUAUUUAGUGAACUAAAUUCAGAACCUGCCUUAACUAAUUAUCUGCCGUUGCUAUGGCAACCAGAAGUGACUGCUUGUUGACUCACGUGAAUGGAGCAAGGCAGUUUGGGAUUUUUUCUGUUCAGGUUGUGACAUCAGACACGUGGAUGUGUUUUUCAUAUGUGAUGUAAUUAAAUAAUUGUUAAUGUUAAAA